AUGCCGGAACCAGCGAAGGCGUCAGCGCCCAAGAAGGGCUCCAAGAAGGCGGUGACCAAGGUCCCCGGCAAGACCGGCAAGAAGAGGAGGAAGUCCAGGAAGGAGAGCUACGCCAUCUACGUGUACAAGGUGCUGAAGCAGGUGCACCCCGACACCGGCAUCUCCUCCAAGGCCAUGGGCAUCAUGAACUCCUUCGUGAGCGACAUCUUCGAGCGCAUCGCCGGGGAGGCCUCCCGCCUGGCUCACUACAACAAGCGCUCCACCAUCACCUCCCGGGAGAUCCAGACCGCCGUCCGCCUGCUGCUGCCCGGGGAGCUGGCCAAGCACGCCGUGUCCGAGGGCACCAAGGCCGUGACCAAGUACACCAGCUCCAAGUGAACUGCGGAGACCCGCUUCCACCCAACGGCUCUUUUAAGAGCCACCCACCGGCUGCCUGGAGACAAACUGUCCUGAUGCUUCCAUGUUCACACACACACACCUGCUUCGUCCUCCAGUUCCCAUGAGGCUCAACAGAGCCGGGUGGAGGGUUCAGGUCCCACGGGUCACAUGGUUCAUAUGAAUCCAAAUGAGACCCAUCACGCAUCGAUAUGAUCAAAACAGCAGCUACUGAUUUAAACAUCUAACUAGAACCCAACAUUUCGCUUGCAGCACCUUCACCUGACACGUGUUCGAACACUUAACAGAUGAUAGAUCAGGUGUAAAGGAAGUGACGUGUUAACACUGACUGUUCAGUGUAGAUGAUUCAUACAAUAAUGAACUGGGACAGAUCGAUCAAUGGUCAUUAUUAUAUAUUAUCUGUCAACGCAGCUGAACAGGAACCAUUAACCAUGGAACUCACUUCAGUCCAUGUCCCGUGUGCUCACAUGGAGCAGCAGGGUCUAGUCCCGCAGCUGAUGUGUGUGGUUCAGUUUGAUGACAGCUGAUGGGUCACAUAGGGACAUGAACCCAGCUCUUAACAACUAGUUCUGAGAGGACGAGGUGAAGUGACACGUGUUGACAUGUGUCACUUCACCAUGAGAAGGGAAACACUGAUGUGGUGUUACCGGGCUUCGUUGAGGAGAUUCUGCCAAACUGUGUUUUACCAGCAAUAUCCGAAUUUUGGAUCGAUAAAGAACACAUGUAUUCUUUUAUAUGUAUUUAUCAAAUAGUCUGUGAAUGACUACUAAAUUAUAUUUUAAAAAGAGAAGAGAUAUGGCCUCUUAUAAGCCACUAAUAUAUAUUGUCUAAAUAAAUGUAUUAAUAACGUAACAAGGUAAAACUGGUAGUGUGUCACUGAGCCGGGUCAAUCUUAACAUUUUAGAUCAAUAAACUACAGAAUAUAAAAGUCA